GACAAAAUCAACAAUGGUGGAUUAUUGUCUCUAAAACACUAACUCACUUCAAAUCCUCACACCGUCCCUUUCCCCUUUUCCAAUGAUCUCAAUUCAUAACUCUUCUUUCUUUCCCCACCUAUGCAUUCAUCACAUUUUCCCCAAAUUUCUCAAUCUCUUCCUCUUCCCAACCCUAAAUUCUCCAUCCUUUCAAAACCCUAAUCCAAACCCAAACCCUCUUAAGGGCUUUUAAACCUUUUCCUUAAAUUCAUCAUUUACUCACUCAGAUAACAAUUCAAACCAAAAGCUCAAACCUUUCCCAUCCCAGAUUGCUUUUUCAUCCACUUCAUUUUCAAUAUGCACGCAAAAACUGAUUCUGAUGUUGCAAGUUUCGACCCAUCGUCACCCAGUUCACCAAAACGAACCGUUUACUAUGUUCACAGUCCUUCUAGAGACUCUCAUGAUGGUGACAAAUCUUCAACUAUGCAACCAAGUCCUAUGGAUUCACCUUCACAUCAAUCCUAUGUUCACCAUUCAAGAGCUUCUUCUUCCAGCAGAAUCUCUGGUGGUUAUAACUCUUCUUUGGGUAAGAAAGGGAAUAGAAAAGGUAAUGAUAAAGGCUGGCCUCAUUCUAAGGUUAUAGAAGAAGAAGAUGGUGAUUUUUAUCAUGAGAGUAAUGGAAUUUCUAGGAGGUUUCAAAUCUUCAUUGCUAUUGUCGGGUUUGUGCUGGUUUUUGCUGUCUUUUGUUUCAUCAUUUGGGCUGCUAGCUUGCAUUACAAACCUCAACUCAGUGUCAAGAGUUUGACAGUACAUAACUUCUAUUUCGGAGAAGGGUCAGACAUAACUGGAGUUCCAACUAAGAUGUUGACAGUGAAUUGUUCAAUGAGAAUGACAGUACAUAACCCUGCAUCGUUUUUCGGCAUUUAUGUUAGCUCCAAGUCGGUGAAUCUUAUGUAUUCUGAGGUUACAGUUGCAACUGGUGAGUUGAAGAAAUAUCAUCAACAGCGAAAGAGUCGCAGGACAGUAUCUGUCAAUAUACAAGGAAGCAAGGUUCCAUUGUACGGCGCCGGUGCAAGCUUUGCUAGUUUGGUGGACAACGGUAACGUAUCGACGACGCUUGUCUUUGAAGUUAAGUCGCGCGGAAAUGUUGUUGGGAAGCUGGUGAGGACUAAACACACACAGCAUGUCUCUUGCUCAGUAGCUAUUGACCCCAACAACAACAAAUCCAUCAAACUUAAAGAGAAUGAAUGUAAAUACAUCUAAAGUGGUUGUGGCCUAACAUUAGGUCCUCAGCCUGUUUAUUAUGUGUACUAUAUCAGUUCAUUUUACUGGCUUAAAGUGUUCUAAGAUAGAUUAAGAAUAUGUUUAGACUGGCUUAUUUAAAGCUUAUCUAUCGAAAAAAGCAAUUGUGAGGCUGUUUGAAAGAGUUUAUGGAAACAACUUAUGAGAAUGACUUGGUCAUAAGUUGUUUUUAGUUUGAUAGGAUACCUUGUGAAAACAAUUUAUAGAUUAUAUAAAAAUAAUGACUAUUUUGUUCGAA